GCUGCACAUUUGAUAAAUAAAGUGAAGAUGUUUCGAGCGAGUAACAAUCUGUUAGGGAUCUUAAACUUCGUAACAUUCCUUCUUUCUGUUCCGAUCUUGGGAGCAGGGAUAUGGCUAAGUUCAAAGGCCGAUACGGUCUGUGAGAAGUUUUUGGAAAAGCCCGUUAUCGCUUUGGGAGUUUUCCUAAUGGUGGUUUCUCUUGCGGGACUCAUCGGUGCUUGUUGCCGUGUUUCAUUGCUUCUCUGGCUUUAUCUUCUUGUGAUGUUCCUUCUCAUAGUUCUUCUAUUCUGUUUCACCAUUUUCGCUUUCGUUGUAACUAACAAGGGUGCUGGAGAGGUUGUUUCUCAGAGAGGUUAUAAGGAGUAUAAGUUGGGGGAUUAUUCUAAUUGGUUGCAGAAGAGGGUUAGUAAUACCAAGAACUGGAACAAUAUCAAGAGUUGCUUGAUUGAUAGCAAGGUUUGCAAGAGUCUCGCUGAUCAGAACGUGAACGAGAACGUACACCAGUUCUAUAGCAAUAACUUGUCUCCGAUUCAGUCUGGUUGCUGUAAGCCUCCAACUUCAUGUAACUUCACCUAUGUGACUCCAAUCGAAUGGACCAACCCAAGCAACACAACCUCCUUCACUGAUUCUGACUGCACAGCUUGGAACAACAAUGAGAAUGAUCUCUGCUACAACUGCCAGUCUUGUAAGGGUGGAGUACUCCAAAAUAUAAAGAGUCAGUGGAAGAAGGUUGCCAUUGUCAACAUCAUCUUCCUCAUCUUCCUUGUCAUUGUCUACACCAUUGGUUGCUGUGCUUUCAGGAACAAUAGGAUGGAUAAUUCUUAUCCCAGAUAUAAGGGUUACCCAUAGAAUCUUAAUCCGAUUUGGUUACAUUGCUAUAGAGGGAGAUGCAGAUAGCAUAUUUUGCUGAUUUGUUUUACUCUGUUUUCAUUUGAUUCUUAGUAGAUAGAUACAUGGAUA